UUGCGUGCUGCAGCGUGCUGCGUUCUGUGGUGCUGCCGCGAAAAUUGUUUACAAACGGUGUCGAGUCUCGCCGUGCGUUUUCGUACCGGUACAUCGCGUCAUCUAAGGUUGCAGCAGUCUUCAGGACAAAGGGCUGCCUGUUUCACAACUUGUGCCGUUGUAAUCGAGGAUGGACUACAAGCGGAAGCAGUCGGGGCGACUGAGUUCCUCGCAGCAGAGUGGAUCAAAGAAGUCGCGCAAGCAGAAUGACGACGACGACGAGCCGAUGGAUUUUGAAGCAGAGCUGGCGCUCAUGGAGCAGCAGCUCAGCGAGGAGCAGGCGAUGGACGACGUUGAUUCCCAGGAGUCCGUUGCUGGGCCAGCCGACGUGUGCACGAGCAUGCGGUGGGCAAGGCCUCCUCUGGAUACACCAUGGGAUCCUUUGGCACGCAGCCUCGAGUUCCAGCAGCUAGACUUGGACCAUUACUUGGGCGAGCCGCUCCCGGGCAUGCCUGGAAUGAGCCGUGGCCCCAUCCCCAUCGUGCGCAUGUUUGGCGUCACUGAUGAUGGACACAGUGUGCUCUGCCAUGUACACGGUUUUCUGCCCUACUUCUACGUCGAGGCACCUCCGAACUUUCGCAAGGAGCAUUGCUGGGCCUUCAGGGAAGCAUUGAACAAGGCGGUGCUGAAGGACAUGCGAUCCAACAAGAACCAGUUGAGCGACACAGUUGUUGGCAUCGACAUGGUCCUAAAACAGAGUAUCUAUGGCUACAACAGCAAGGGCAAGACGCCCUUCCUCAAGGUCACCAUGGUUCUGCCACGACUCAUCGCGCCAGCCAAGCGUCUGCUGGAGACGGGCAACGUGACCGUGGACCCUUACGGGGCGCCCAGUUACCGCAUCUUUGAGAGCAACGUUGACUUUGAGAUCAGGUUCAUGGUAGAUGCACACGUUGUGGGCUGCUGUUGGAUCGAACUACCGCGGGGCAAGUACCGCGUUCGUGACGAACGCACCCGGGUGUCGCGAGCGCAGAUUGAAGUGGACGUGGCAUGGGACGAAAUGGUGGCUCACGCACCCGAGGGCACCUGGGCCCGCGUUGCUCCUCUGCGUAUCCUGAGCUUCGACAUCGAGUGUGCUGGCCGCAAAGGCAUCUUUCCCGAGCCAGAGAAGGACAGUGUAAUCCAGAUCGCCAAUAUGGUGAUGCGUCAGGGUGAGAAGGACCCAUUCAUCAGGAACGUCUUCACCCUCAACACUUGUGCAUCCAUUGCCGGCUGCGAGGUUCUCUGCUUCCAACACGAGCGGGAAUUGCUCAAGAGAUGGUCGGACUUCUUACGUGAAGUAGAUCCGGACGUGAUCACAGGCUACAACAUCCAGAACUUUGACUUCCCCUACCUGAUGAACCGAGCCAAGACUCUUCAGGUGGAUCUGUUCCCAUUCUUGGGUCGCAUUCGCAACUGCAAGACCCUGCUCAAGGAUGCUGUCAUGCAAUCGAAGCAAAUGGGUCGUCGAGAGAACAAGGUGGUCACCAUAGAGGGCCGCGUCCAGUUUGACCUCCUGCAGGUGUUACUGCGUGAUUACAAAUUGAGGUCGUACACGCUGAACGCGGUCAGUUACCACUUCCUGCAGGAGCAGAAAGAGGACGUCCAGCAUAGCAUUAUCACUGACCUUCAGAAUGGCACUGACCAGACGCGCCGUCGCCUGGCCGUCUACUGCCUCAAGGACGCCAUGUUGCCGUUGCGCCUGCUGGACAAGCUCAUGAGCGUCAUCAACUACAUGGAGAUGGCACGUGUCACGGGUGUGCCCAUGACGUACCUGCUGUCGCGAGGACAACAGAUCAAGGUCGUCUCUCAACUGCUCAGAAAGGCUGCUGAGCAGGACCUUGUGAUGCCAGUGGUGCAUUCAGAGGCUGGUGAGGACUUUGAGGGCGCCACAGUGAUUGAGCCGGUCAAGGGCUUCUACAGUGUGCCCAUUGCGACGCUUGACUUCUCCUCCCUGUACCCGUCCAUCAUGAUGGCACACAACCUGUGCUACACAACCGUACUGGACAAUCGACAGAAAGAGAUGCUCAAGCCAGACCAGUUCAUCCGCACUCCGUCGGGCGACCACUUUGUCAAGGCCUCCGUGCGCAAGGGGCUGCUGCCCGAAAUUCUUGAGGACCUGCUAAGCGCCCGCAAGAGAGCCAAGACUGAUCUGAAGAACGAGACAGAUCCAUUUCGCAAAAAGGUGCUUGACGGUCGUCAGCUUGCUCUGAAGAUCAGUGCCAACUCUGUCUAUGGCUUCACAGGUGCACAGGUUGGCAAAUUGCCCUGCCUUGCCAUAUCUAAGAGUGUCACUGCAUUUGGCCGCACCAUGAUUGAGAAAACAAAGCAGGAAGUGGAAGCCCGGUACACGCGGGCCAAUGGGUAUGAGCACGAUGCCAAGGUCAUCUAUGGCGACACUGACUCGGUUAUGAUCCGGUUCGGCACUGAUGCUCUAGAAAAGGCCAUGGAGCUCGGCCGUGAAGCGGCGACUUAUGUCACCGCAAAGUUUGUGCGCCCCAUCAACCUUGAGUUUGAAAAGGUGUACUACCCUUACCUGCUGAUCAACAAGAAGCGCUAUGCAGGCCUGCUGUACACACGACCAGAGACUUACGACAAGAUGGACUGCAAGGGCAUUGAGACAGUGCGCCGAGACAACUGCCCCCUGGUGGCCAACCUCAUCAACACCUGUCUCGAGCGCAUCCUCAUCAACAG